AUGGCCUCGUUUGUGACUGUGAGAGGCCAAGCAAUUUCCCUGGAAUCACAAACUGAAUCUCUACUGUCCAAGUUUUCGCAGUAUGCGCAAACCACAAGCUCCGAGCCCACAUCUCAGGAGAGGAAUCUUGACUCUAAGCUAGAUAGCCUGCUCACCCAGCGGCAAGAGGUGGUGGACUCCUUGAGCAACAUCUGCAACGAGAACCCCAGUAUCUCUGCUUCGAAGCUAUCGCAACUUCAGCGGCACCGAGAAAUCUUGCAAGAACACUGGCAACAUUUCAGAAAUCUCCGGUCUUCGAUCCAGCAAGAGCGCAACCGCCUGAACCUUUUAUUCAGCGUCAAAAAAGACAUAGCACAGCAGUCUGAACAAGACCAGGAUAAGUAUAUCCAGGAUGAGGCACGCCGCAUAGACGAGUCUCACAAUGUCGUGGACAGCCUAGUUUCACAGGCCUGGGAUACCAGGGACCAGUUUUCCUCUCAAAGAACCGUGCUGCAGACCGCAAACAACAGAAUGAUGCAGACUUUGCAGCGCGUUCCUGGUAUUAAUCAGGUCAUUGCUAAGAUCAACACCAGAAGAAAGAAGAAUGCGGUUAUCCUUGCUUCCUUAAUCACUUUAUGUAUACUAUUUCUGUUCUUUACCUGGUAG